UUCAGUAAAAUGGCUGUGUCUCGCGGAGCCUCGUGCUGGUUUGAUCGGUUUCUCUCUCGCGCUCUCCUUCUGUAAGAGGCCCCCCUCCACACACAAACACAUACGCAUAUUUGUGUCGGUUAAAUUCACUCCCGGGACGUUUAUAUUCUCCGCGAAACUUUUUGGACUCAAGAGUCGUGUUCGGGAGAGAAGACCGAAUUCGGUCAGAAAAGUCGAGGGAAUGAUACGGGACACGGGCACGUCUUUAUAAGAGCGUUGUAUUUAUAUUCAAAGUGACUUGCAGUGAAAGAGAGGGAGAUCAUGGCCGCUCAGGUCGCCACUCUCAACACUAGCCCGCCCGCCGAACUCAAAAAACCGGAGCGGGAGCCGCAGGAAGACUCGGUGCUCGGAGAGAAGCAGCCGGAAAACAAGGAGCCCCGCGCCGACGGCGGAUCCCCGGGCCAGAAGGAGCUGCAAGACGGGGUCGAUGUGGGAAAUGCUGCUGCUGGGGGAGGAGGAGACCCUGACAUGAAGAUCGGAAACGGGAACCCGUCCAGGGUGAACAAUAACCAGAAUGAUUCCGGCGGACCUGAGGGGAACAACCACCCCGGCAUGGCUCACCACCACACGGGCGCCUUCCCUCCACCUCCUUACGGCUACAACCAGCACUACAACCGGGCCCCUUUUCAUCAACAUGGCGGACAACAAAGCCCUGGCAUAGCAGGGCCGGCGGUGAUGGACCCAUACCCGCCCAAUUCGCACGAGCACGGCUACCCCAACCACUUCAACAACUACAACCCCUUCCCGAACCGGACUCCGUACCACCAGGGCCAAGGCUACGGCAUGAAUUCCCCGCGGAACAGUCAGGCGCCGGCGGCCGGGGGGCAGCCAGGCAAACAGCCGCCGCCAGGAGGAACCGCUCCGAUGGUCGCUUCCUACAACAACCAGAGGUUUAACAUGGGAACUCCUCAGCCCACCUCCACCCCGACUUUAAACCAGCUCCUGACCUCUCCCAGCUCCACCAGGAGCUACCAAAACUACCCAACCAGUGAGUACAGCAGCCAGGAAGGAGCUGCAAAGGGACCAGGGGACAUGGGCAGCAGUAGUCCGUAUGGUGGGGGCCAUCCGGGCUGGCAACAAAGAAGCCAUCACCCUUCUCCCAUGAGCCCGGGAAACACUGGACAAGCCCUCAGCAGAAACCAGCCUCCUGUCCCUAUGGAUCAGGUGGGAAAGAUUCGAGGGCCGCACUACGCUCCAGGAAACCCCUACACUCAGCAGCAGGGGCCUACCCAGGUCACCCAGCAGGGAACGUCCUACCUAGGACAGGGUUAUGGACCUCCAGGACCUCAGAGGUACCCAAUGGGCAUGCCGGGACGCACUCCUGGAGGCAUGAGUGGAAUGCAGUACGGACAACAGAUCGGCUAUGGACAGCAUGGCCCAGGUGGUUAUGGUCAGAGCCAGAGUGGCUACUAUGGACAACAGGGCUCUUCUCCACACGGAGGUCCUCAGCAGUCUCCAUAUCCUCAGCAGACCCCCACUGGACCAGUCUCCCAGCCCCCAUACUCUCAGCAACCCGCUGGCCCUCCCCAUGGCCAGAGCGGAUCCCCUUACGGUCAGCCUCAGGGCCAGCCUCCAUACUCCCAGACUCCUCAGACACAGUCAGGCCAGCCUCCUUACCCCCAGUCCCAGGGCCCCUCACAGUCCCAGGGUCCCUCUCAGGGCCAGCAAGGACCUCAAUCUCAGCCUGGAUACCCUCAAGCAUCUCCCGGUACAGUGCAGGGUCCCUCUACACAGCAGCAGGGUCCACCGCAGUCACAGCCGCCCAGCUCAGCACCCCCACAGUCGACCCAGCAGCCUUCAGGACAGGGUCAGCCCUCGCCGUACUCACAGACCCCUCCACUGCAGUCUCAGCAACAACAACAGCAACAGUCACCCUUCCAGCGCUUUCCACCACCACCACAGGAGCUAUCUCAAGACUCGUUCAGCUCCCAGUCAUCAGCCCCAUCUUCCAAUCAGCCUAUGGUGUCCAGUAAGAGUGGACCAGAGGAGAACAUGCAGGGACGACCUUCCAGCCUACCUGAUCUGUCAGGCUCCAUUGAUGAUCUCCCCACAGGCACUGAAGGUGCUUUAAGCCCAGGUGUGAGCACUUCGGGCGUAUCUAGCAGUCAGGGUGAGCAGAGCAACCCAGCGCAGUCACCCUUCUCUCCCCACACCUCCCCUCACCUACCGGGCAUACGUGGCCCUUCACCUUCACCUGUCGGCUCACCCGCCAGCGGCGCGGCCUCACGCACAGGACCUCUCUCACCCGGAACCAUGCCAGGAAACCAGAUGCCCCCCAGGCCCUCUAGUGUCCAGUCAGAUGGCAUGUUACAUUCCUCCAUGGGUCAGGAUAGAGUAUAUAUGCGAAACCCUCAGAUGCCAUACGGCUCUCCACAACCGGCAUCCACUUUAUCUCCACGGCAAUCAUCUGGAGGCCAAAUGCAUGGUGGGAUGGGUUCCUUCCCGCAGAACAACUCCAUGGGCAACUAUGGACCACAGAGUGGCCAGUAUGGACCACAAGGUUACCCGAGGCCACCAGGUUAUGGAGGUAUGCCUAAUGCUAAUUAUCCGGGUGGUCCUGGAAUAGGUGGCUCCAUGAAUCCUAUGGCAGGGCAGGGUGGAGGGGGACCGUAUGGAGGGAUGCCUCCCGGGCGCAUGGGUCCGGGACAGAUGAGUACGAGGCCAUAUGGUCCUGGCAUGGCCCCCAACAUGGGCGGCAUGCCCCCUCAGGUGGCAUCUGGGAUGUGUCCUCCUCCUGGAAUGAACAGGAAGCCCCAGGAUCCUGCUGUGGCAGGCAUGCACCACGGCCCAUCCAACUCAAUACACAGGCCACCUGUUUAUCCCAACAUGGGCCAAGGCAUGAUGGGAGCUGGGUCUGCUUAUGCACCACCAAUGAACAGCAUGCAAGGAAUGAUGAACCAAGCAGGACCAUACCCCAUGCCCGGUAACAUGGCCAACAACUCUUCAGGCAUGGUUCCCAGUCCAGAGUUUGGCAUGGAGAAGCUCAACCAAUCCCAGAAGUUGAAUAACAAAGUAGAUGGGACUCCCAAGACCGAAUCAAAGAAGAAAUCGAGUUCCUCUACAACCACUAAUGAGAAGAUCACUCGUUUAUAUGAACUGGGCCCAGAACCAGAGAGGAAGAUGUGGGUGGACCGAUACCUGGCGUUUGCCGAGGAGAAAGCCAUGGGCAUGAACAAUCUCCCCGCGGUGGGCCGCAAGCCCCUUGACCUCUUCCGCCUCUAUGUGUCUGUCAAAGAGAUUGGCGGCCUCACUCAGGUGAACAAGAAUAAGAAGUGGAGGGAAUUAGCCACUAAUCUGAAUGUGGGCACAUCAAGCAGUGCAGCCAGCUCUCUGAAGAAACAGUACAUCCAGUGUCUGUACGCCUUUGAGUGCAAGAUUGAGCGAGGAGAAGACCCACCACCCGAAUUCUUCAACAGUGACCCAAAAAAGAACCAAGCCAAGGUCCAGCCUCCAUCACCAGCUGGAUCAGGAUCUUUACAGGGUCCUCAGACGCCUCAGUCUACAAGCAGCUCCAUGGCUGAGGGUGGAGACCUGAAGCCCCCUACACCUGCCUCAACGCCACACAGCCAAAUGCCCCCCAUGCCUGGUGCAAGGAGCAGUGUGAAUUUGCAGGACCCGUUUGCUGAUGGUGGGGAUCCAGCAUUUGCCAGACGUAACUCAGUGACCCCCAAUUCAGGUUAUCAGCCUGGAAUGGGUGGACCAGAAUUGAUGGGCCGUAUGGCACCUUAUGAGCCCAAUAAGGACCCCUUUGGUGGUAUGAGAAAAGCGGGUGAGCAGUUCAUGAGUCCAGGUCAAGGCCCAAACAGUGGCAUGGGUGAACAGUAUAACCGAGGCCCUCCAGGACCUAUAGGUAACAUGCAGAUUGGUCAAAGACAACAGUACUCGUAUGGUCCAGGAUAUGACAGAAGACCAGAAUCAAAUUUGGGCCCAGAUGGUAACAUGGGUCCACAGCCUAACAUGAUGCCUUCCGGUGCAGAUGCAGGGAUGUACUCACCCAACAGGCCCCCACAGCAACAGAGGCAUGAUUCUUACAGUAAUCAAUACCCUGGCCAAGGUGCUCCUCCUAGCGGACCAUACCCAAACCAGCAGCCAGGAAUGUUCCCACAACAGCAACAGAAUUACACACAGAAAAGGCCAGUUGAUGGUGUUUAUGGUCCUCCUGCGAAGCGUCAUGAAGGGGACAUGUACCCCUACAGUGGUCAGCAGCAGGGACCCCAGGCCCCAAGUGGACCUCAGUCCCAACCAGAUAUGUACAACCAGUACAACACCUAUCCUGGCUCAGACAGACGUCCACCUGGUCCACAGAGCCAGUUUCCAUUUGGUUUUGGGCGAGAUCGAGGGCCUAAUGCAGGAGGCCCCAAUUCCCAGUCCGCCAUGCCAUCAGGCCCUGACGGACCCCAAGGUCCCAUGUGGCCUGGCCGUAAUGAGAUGAACUACCCUAACUAUCAUAAUCGCCAGGGGGGCCCUGGUGUCCCAUCUCAGGGCCCAGGAUACCAUGUCAUGAAUCGCUCCGAAGACAUGAUGCCUUCAGACCAGCGCAUGAACCACGAGGGUCCUUGGCCUGGCCAUGUUAACCAGCGGCAGCCCCCAUAUGGGCCUGGAGCCUCUGGACCACCAAUGUCCAGACCUCUUCAGCCCAACUAUCAGUCCUCUCAGAACCACAUUCCACAGGUGUCCAGCCCCGCACCCAUGCCAAGACCAAUGGAGAGCAGGAUCUCACCCAGUAAGUCCCCUUAUAUGCACUCGGGGAUGAAAAUUCAGAAGGCUGGACCUCCAGUUCCUGCCUCGCAUAUUGCCCAGCCACCAGUGCAGCCCCCUCUGAUACGGAGAGAUGUGGCAUUCCCACCAGGAUCAAUAGAGGCCUCACAGCCCCUUUUGAAACCACGUCGUCGGCUUACUAUGAAAGAGAUUGGAACGCCAGAGGCCUGGAGAGUCAUGAUGUCCCUCAAAUCAGGCUUGUUAGCUGAGAGCACUUGGGCCUUGGACACCAUAAAUAUACUUUUAUAUGAUGACAACAGCAUUUCUACCUUCAGUCUGAACCAGCUUCCUGGCUUCCUUGAGCUCAUUGUUGAGUACUUCAGAAGGUGCCUCAUUGAGAUCUUUGGCAUCUUGAAAGAGUAUGAGGUUGGAGACACUGGGCAACGUACCCUGAUCGACCCAGAUGCUAUUGACCCUGAAAUGUCUGAUGAUGAGGGGCCAGAGGCAGAGCAGAUGAAAGAUGAUGAAGAGGAUGAUGAAGAUGAUGUAGAAAACGAUACUGCUCAGACAUCACAUGUCCAGGUUAAGCAGGAGAAAGAGGAGACCAUGGUGGUCCAAAAAUCCAACGACAAGCUUGACCAAGAAGAGAAGGAAGUAGAGGAUUCUUCAUGUAAAGAUCAUCUCAGAUCAUCUACGCCUUUGCAAGACAAGAGUGCUGCCCAGGAGAGACCAAAGCAGGCUAGUAAAUUCGACAAGCUACCCAUCAAGAUAAUGAGAAAGAAAGACCCAUUUGUGAUUGGGCAGACUAGUAAAUUGGGCCGGCGACAAACCUUUGAUAGUGGUUUGAUCCAUUGGAGUGUGGGUGGUGGAGAUACCACAGAGCACAUACAAACCCAUUUUGAGAGCAAGAUGGAGCUGCUGAAGCAUCGGAAACAGGUGCCAGUGAAUGUUGAGACUCGUAAAAAGGUACCUCAUGUAAUGAAACCUAUUACGAAUGACACUGAGAAGGCUCAGACAAGUGAAGAGCAGCAACAACCACAAAUACAACUUCAGCCAUCCACAGAACAGCCAGCAGAGGACAAAAGCACUACAACAGCUAGUACGUCGACAAGCAUAACGGCCACCAUUGAUGACAUGCUGUCGGCUCGGCAAGGCUCCGUGACAGAGGAAGCAGUCAGAGGCAACCAUGAGAGCGACAAGGAGCACAAAAAGUUUAUCUUUGGUAUCGACCUUGUGCAACAGAGACGCAAUAUUAAAAUCUUGGAGGAUGAGCCACACAGCAAGGAUGAGACCCCACUCUGUACACUCUCAGAUUGGCAGGAUGCCCUUGCUCGCCGCUGCAUAUGCAUUUCCAACAUUGUUCGCAGCCUUUCCUUUAUUCCCGGUAAUGACCUGGAGAUGUCAAAGCAUCCAGGUCUUUUGCUGUUACUGGGCCGGAUUGUCCUACUGCACCACCGGCAUCCUGAACGCAAGCAAGCACCAGUCACCUACGAGAAAGAGGAAGAAGAGGAUGAAGGUGUCAGCUGCGAGCGAGAUGAGUGGUGGUGGGACUGUCUUGAGGUUCUGCGGGAGAACUGCUUAGUCACAUUAGCAAACAUCUCAGGCCAGCUGGACCUUUCCAUCUACCCUGAAAGUAUUUGCCUGCCGCUGCUGGAUGGCCUGCUUCAUUGGGCCGUGUGCCCUUCAGCAGAAGCCAUUGACCCCUUCCCUACGUUGGGACUCAAUGGGACGCUUUCUCCUCAGAGACUGGUCCUCGAAACACUCAGUAAGCUUAGCAUCCAGGAUAACAACGUUGACCUCAUUCUGGCUACGCCGCCUUUCAGCCGUUUGGAGAAGAUCUAUGGUUCUCUCGUGCGGAUGGUUGGUGACCGCAAAGUGCCCGUCUGUCGAGAAAUGGCAGUGGUGCUGCUAGCUAACCUGGCUCAAGGUGACAGCGUCGCAGCUCGCGCUGUUGCUGUGCAAAAAGGCAGUGUUGGAAACCUUCUUGGCUUCCUGGAGGACAGUCUUGCAGCCACUCAGUUCCAUCAGAGUCAGGGCUCGUUGCUGCACUUGCAAGGUGCACACUUUGAGCCCACUAGUGUGGACAUGAUGCGGCGGGCGGCACGUGCCCUGCACGCCCUUGCCAAAGUAGAAGAGAACCACUCGGAGUUCACGCUGUAUGAGUCACGGCUAUUGGACAUAUCUGUGUCCCCACUCAUGAACUCUAUGGUGUCCCAUGUAAUCUGUGACGUACUGUUUCUGAUUGGCCAUUCAUGACAGACGUGGGUUUGAUCAUGUUUUUCCCCACUUGUUUUUUUUUAAUGUGUGUGUGUGUGUGUCUGCGUGAGUGGAGAAAAUUUAACAGCAAAACUGACUGUUUUGUUUUUUUUAUUUAUGCAAAAUCACCUCAGAUUCCAUUGUCUAUCCUAUCUACCCUUGCUUCGCUCUUAAGGAUAUACCAUUAAGUCAUAAUGGAUUUAACACGUACGGAUAAGAAUAAAACUAACACUGAUGUGCCGAUUGAGACCCUCGCCUGCAAGAGUGCGCUGCCCUUGUACUUUUUUUUUUUUUUUUUUUUUGUAAGGAAAAAUAAAAUGACAAAAAAAAAAAAAAAAAAAAA